UUUACCCGAGCAUCGUAAUGGGUCGUGUAAUUCGUGCACAGCGUAAGGGCGCCGGUUCCGUCUUCAAGGCGCACGUCAAGAAGCGCAAGGGAGCCGCCAAGUUGCGUUCCCUGGACUUCGCUGAGCGCUCCGGCUACAUUCGUGGCGUAGUUAAGGAUAUUGUGCACGAUCCUGGUCGUGGUGCACCCUUGGCUUGCGUCCACUUCCGCGAUCCCUAUCGCUACAAGGUCCGCAAGGAGCUGUUCAUCGCCCCCGAGGGCAUGCACACCGGCCAAUUCGUCUACUGCGGACGCAAGGCUACUCUGCAGAUUGGCAAUGUUAUGCCCCUGAGCCAGAUGCCCGAGGGUACCAUCAUCUGCAAUCUGGAGGAGAAGACCGGUGAUCGCGGCCGUUUGGCGCGUACUUCCGGCAACUACGCAACAGUCAUUGCCCACAACCCCGACACCAAGAAGACCCGUGUCAAGCUGCCCUCAGGCGCCAAGAAGGUUGUGCCCUCGGCUAACCGCGCUAUGGUCGGCAUUGUUGCCGGUGGCGGUCGUAUUGACAAGCCCAUCCUGAAGGCCGGUCGUGCCUACCACAAGUACAAGGUGAAGCGUAACAGCUGGCCUAAGGUGCGUGGUGUUGCCAUGAACCCUGUGGAGCAUCCUCACGGUGGUGGUAACCAUCAACAUAUUGGUAAGGCGUCGACAGUCAAGCGUGGCACAUCCGCUGGUCGCAAGGUCGGUCUCAUCGCUGCCCGUCGUACUGGUAGGAUUCGUGGUGGCAAGGGCGACAGCAAGGACAAAUAAGCUGGAUGAGAAAUUAGAGGAGUAUAUUCCGUGGAUGGCGCUCUUUUUUAAUAUUAUGCUACUGUAUAUGGAAAUGGUGUGUGUUCAUAACAUGCAAUUGACACUACGGAAUAAAAUUUAUUUCUAAACAAAAUAA